GACGUUUUGUGAAUCCUCACACGACCACCACCGCUCGCCUCAUCAAUAAGUUGAGUGCAAAAACCUACAAAUCUUUAUUUUUAUUUUCUGUUGCUUUUGCUUUGCUUUACUAAGGCGACAAAAACAAUUUAAACUAACCUCAACUUAAGUUUGUAUAUACGCAAAAUUGAAGGUUUUCUUAUUAUAGAAUGUUGUGAUAUCACUUUAAGUAAACAUGAAUACUCUUCGUCAAAUAUUUGGUGCUCGGACUCUAGCUGCCCUGAGGCAAAACAGCCUCUUCAACAAUAUUCCCUUGGACUCCAAUACGACUCCUGCCAGUCAUGUUAGCACCGCAGCUACAGCCACUGUCAACAAUAGUUUUCUUCCCAAGGAACUACUCGGCACUUCCCUUCUGAAAAAAACUCAAUUUGGAAUUGGCAGUGAAUCUUCUUUUCUGAAGAAUGUCAAACAACUAGACCGAAAAUUGGAGAUUGCUUAUCGUUGUAAGAUCUGCAAUACAAGAAACUUGAAAAUAGUUUCCGAAGCUGCAUACAACAAUGGGGUUGUGAUUCUCCAAUGUGAUGGUUGCUCCACAACUCACUUGAUAGUGGAUAACCUGGGAUGGUUUGCCAAUUGCAAGGGGAAGAGUGUUAAUCAAGUUAUUGCCGAAAAAGGCGAAUACAUUCGCAAAAUUGUAGUCAACGAGAAGGGCGAGUUACUUAAAAACUAAACGUUAAAUAAAGCAUCAUUAUUUGAACUUUGUGCAUAUAAACGAUUUUAAUUUUAAUAAAAAUUAAAAUUGAAUGAUUACAUAA